AUGGCAACUGAAAAACACGAAUAUCCACCACUCCGUAAGUAAAAUAACAUUUAUGAAUUUUAAUUUUUGGACUUAUAAACUAACAAUUUUUUUAGCAUCUCAACAAGAAUUGGAUGAUCAUAAUGUACCUUUUUUCCAUAGAGAUAAAUGUGCUGCUCAUCUAAUUGAGUAUUAUAAAUGUUUAGAUAAAGGUACCUCAUUUUGUAAUAAAACAAAGGAUGAAUUUUAUAAAUGUCAAUAUAUUGCUUUAAAAGAAAGAUUGGAUGCAAAUACAAAACAACAUCAUUAG